AUGUUGCUUCCAUGCCAAGACCUUCUCAUACUAGACCAACAAGUAGGUAACAACAACACAAAGGAGCACGAAAAAGAAGACAACUCAAAACGGGUCAACUUGAUCCACGAGAUAACCGGGUACACAUUCCACGACCCGAGUCUCCUUCAACAAGCCUUCACUCACCACUCGUACGAAGAAGAUGGCUCGUGCGCCUCUUUGGAACGGCUGGCUUACGUAGGGGACUCGGUUUUGAACUUGUUGAUUGCCAAUGAGCAAUACUUGUCCUACCCGGAUUUGGAUCCUGGUCGACUGACCCGCCUCCGAGCCGUGAACGUGGACACCGAGAAGCUCGCGCGCGUGGCGUUGAAACACGAGCUCCACAAGUUGUUACGUCAUAAUAAAAUCUUGCUUUCCGUACAAAUAAAGGAAUUUAGAAAUGCAAUAGUGGAAUAUCCUCUGCACUCGUCAGGACUAAUUGACGCGCCAAAGGUGCUUGCAGAUAUUGUUGAGUCCUUGAUUGGCGCCAUAUUCGUAGACUCCAACUCCUCUACAGACACAACAUGGAAGGUUGUGAAGAAUUUGUUGGAACCAAUAAUAACUCCAUCGGACAUUCCAACACAUCCUGUGGUUAAACUACGAGAGUUGUGUCAAAGGAAAGGAUUCACAUUAGAAAUAAGAGAUUUUUGGAAAGAGAGUGGCGAAAUUGAGGUUGUCGUGGAUGAAGAAGAUGUCGUGGGGAAGGCAAAAUACAGUGCCAAAAGGGUUAUUGCUAUGAAUAGAGCUGCACUCGAUGCCUACAACAAAAUCGUUGAAAAAAAUUCAUGGCCUUGA